GUUCUCAGCAGGGUUCGUCUGUGAUGAAACACUUUGCUGGCUCUGUAAGUGGACAGCCAAGGGUCUGUUCUGGUCUGAUAAAGCCAGACCAUUUACACAAGCAAGGCUCUUCCAAACAGAACUGGAUAUAUUGGAGGAAUUUGAGAGGAAAGCGUCCUGUAUUUGAUCUAUUCAUUUGGAGGUGGGAUCUCAAAGCUCCACGCUUAAUUUCACGUUGCGACUGUUUUUCCUUUGCGCACAGGAGAGCUGGCUUUCCAUUAGAUUUUGGAAUAUGGCUGUUGUGACUUGUGCUCAUUCAGCUGAUGACCUGAUGUGGUUACUGAUGAGUAUUUCAUCAGUGAUUCCGUAUUUAGGAAAAAUGCACUAGAUUUUUAGCAGAAGCUGUGGAGCAGUAGCACCAUGGAUAAAUUCUUCACGGAAACUAUAACAAGUUCACCUAUAAAAACCAGGAAUACACUGAGACAUCAGCCAUCCUACAGUUUUGAUGCAUCCUUCCUCUCUGAUGUUUCUUAUGAGUGCUUCUCCACCAACCCAGAAACAGGCUUAGUGCAUGUCUGCCGUCGAAGUCCACGCCUACUUGCAAAUGGCUACUAUGUACUAACAGAAGACAGUGUUGUUACCGAUGACCAGGGUAACAUGACCCUCACUCCAACACAGACCAACAUUUCCUACAAAGAAAAUCUUGCUCGAAUUUUCCGUCGAAGACGCAAAACCCGAAGGUCUUUUGCCACACUCUUGAAUGACAUCAGUCAGUCAUUACUCAGUGGAAGUAUUUUUAGCAGAGAGGGUAAAUUGUCCUCUAUUGAACUGUCAUCAUGUUUGGAUGUUAGCGGAAGCACUGAUGAAGACACCUCUGUCAGUUUUACAUAUGAUCCCACAGCAAGUGAGCAUACUAAAGACAAAGAAAUAUUUUUACCAGAGGCAGACUCUCUUUCUCAAGACUGCAUUGCUCCUGUUUUGCCUGCUCAGUCACUGAAUAGUCUGACUGAUGUUCCACCACAAUGUAAAUGUUACUGCACACCCACAAAUCCACCCUCAGAUGCAGCAUUUAGGAAAACCUUCAUUGUCCUCCUCUUCACACUUUGUGUCUGUGCAAAUAUAUUUUCCAGAUAUGUGUGUGGAGGAAUUGCUGUGGCAGUGGCUGUCCUUUUCCUGAUAUCAUCUAAACGUGGCUCUAAGCCUAGAACAGCACACACAGUUUGGACCAAGACUGAAGAUAUCACAUCAAGAAACGAGUGAUGAAGAAACACACAUGGCCUAACUCGCUCAAACAGACACAAAUAAGCAAGACGUGAAUAACUAAAUUCAGAUCUCAAAUAACUCAAGCAUGU